UUCCGCAGCGCUGCACACAGACCGCAGCAGAGGAAGAAAGGUCAACAGCAUGAGCGUAGCAUGGAAAUAAAACAGCACGCGGAGGCUCGAGACACUAAGAUAAACUAACCUAACUAAUCAAUUAACAAUAAACAGACUUUUAUCACAUUUUCUCAGGCUAAAUAACAGUGUUAUUGAGGAGAAAGCAGGAGAUAUGUAGACUGAAUAUGACAAGUUAAACUGUGAGGGUCAGAGUGUUUAACAGUAGCUUAAUUUAAUAGAUCUGGUUAGUUUCACAUUUCAGCAGUAUUGAUCUGAUCAGACCGUGUAUCGGAUAUGAAUCUGCUCGCGCUGAUCCGCCGGAGAGCUGCAGCCGCCGGGGUCUCCCCCCCACCGCGCAGAACACAGCCCGGAUCAGCCCCCAGCAGGUCCCUCACAGACAUCACGGACCACCUCACAGAGCAGCACGCCGCCGAGGAACCACGCACACCCAGACCAAGGAGACCCCCCAACCGCGCCUCCGUCCUCCUGUUCCCCGGACAGGGCAGUCAGUUCGUGGGCAUGGGCAGGGGGCUGCUGGAGUACGGUAAUGUCAGAGAAAUGUUCUCAGUGGCUCAGAAGGUUCUGGGUUAUGAUCUGCUGGAUCUGUGUUUGAAUGGACCUGAGGAGGAUCUGAUGAAGACCGUCCACUGCCAGCCUGCUGUGUUUGUCACCUCUCUGGCUGCUGUGGAGAGACUGAACCAGGAGAACCCUGAGGCAGUAGAGAACUGUGUAACUGCUGCUGGCUUUAGUGUUGGGGAGUUUGCUGCUCUGGUGUUUUCUGGUGCGAUGGACUUUGCUGAAGCUCUGUUUGCAGUGAAAGUUAGAGCAGAGGCCAUGCAGAAAGCCUCUGAUCAGACCCGAAGCGGAAUGUUAUCUGUGAUCGGGAAAAAUCAAGCCAACUACAAACACGCAUGCCUUCAAGCCCGAGAGCACUGCCUGUCUCUGGGGAUCCAGAAUCCUGUCUGCUCUAUUGCAAACUACCUCUUUCCAGAUGGGAGGGUCAUCGCUGGACAUCAAGAGGCACUAGACUUCCUUCAGAAGAACUCUCGUAAGCUUCAUUUUGCACGGACGCGGCAGCUGCCGGUGAGCGGGGCCUUCCACACCAGUCUGAUGGAGCCGGCCGUGGAGCCUCUCCGAGAUGUGCUGCGGGAGCUGGACGUGCGGCGGCCCAUCAUCUCCGUCCACUCCAACGUAAACGGAAAGCGCUACAUGCACGAUAAUCACGUGAGGCAGCAGCUGGUCAAGCAGCUGGUGUCGCCGGUGAAGUGGGAACAGAUACUGCACGAGAUCUACGAGAGAAAUCAGGGUGAGGACUUCCCUCACACGUAUGAGGUGGGACCUGGGAAACAGCUGGGAGCUACACUGCAGAAAUGCAACAUGAAAGCAUUUAAGAACUACAAGCACAUCGAUGUUGCACUGCCACAAGACUGAUGAAGGAUGUGUGCUAGAUGGCAACAUGGCGCUGUGCUUUGGGUCAGUACUACACAGCUGAUAUUUUUCAGGUGCAUUCUGUCAAUUCACAAACAUGAACACUUAUAAACUGGGAAAACUUGGACUAGAAUACAGUAUCAGAGAAAUAUGACAUAUGGAGUUUGUUUUUUAAGUAACUGAUACUGUGGUAAAGUUAAUAAAAAUCAUAUGAUAAACAGAUCGGUGUCUUCCAAACAUUGUGCUGUUUUGGAGUUCAGGUAGUACAUAAAUAUCUAUUUCAAACAUCAAUGCAAUGUUAAAAGCUGUAUAUAUUUUUGUUUUGUUUGUUACUGCCAAUACAAGAUUUUAUCACUGUGCAUUCCUAUUUAUUUAUGUAAGGAGAAAGAUGGUUGUUCAUUCUGUUUAUUUUCAUAAUAUGGGUAGAUGCCUAGUCUACAUUAAUAUGGGAAUUACAUAAUUACAAAAUUUUACAAUAACUUUGGCUUUGCUAGAGUAUUGCACCCUAUACUGAAACAUUCAUUCAGAUUGUCUAUAAUUACAUAGAUUUCAGAGAUAUACAAUCAUAAGUUUCCGUGUUUUCAUGUAAUCCUGCAAUUUUGAAAAAGCUUAUUAUAACUUGCACAUGUUUUUUGCUGAUGAACCACUGGAUUUACAUUUUACAAUUUUUAUUACACUGUGAAAGAACAUUCUGGAAAAAAAAUAUUUUAUUUUCCACUUUUACUGGGACUUGACUACGUACUCAUAUAGCAAGGACUGAUAUGCUAAGCCAAGGAUUUUAUGACCAUUUUUGCUUAUUGUAGGCACAAAGACAUUUUCAGAGACAUUGUUUUAGAAAGAAAAAACAUGAUACUGGAUAUGUGUGAAUGGAGCCUCAGAUAGCAAAUAAUGCAAAAGCAAAUGCUUUGCCCUAAAGCUGUAACCUAUCUAACUGUCCUACAAAAGUACAGUGCCUAAUUAGCAAUAAUGAUAUUUUUGCCAAGGCUCUGUAACGCUUGUAUAAACUGUAAAUAGUUGCUAUGAAUAACAUUAUGAAUUGGGUGAGGCAGAGCAUGAAAGAUCACAGAGCACUUUU